UGGACCAUCUUGUUUUCAUCAGCUUGCUCUAGUAAUUACUCGUUGGACAUCGUCAUAGGUUAUCAUCCGCUCUACAACCCGUCGUUCUCCUUUCACACCAUGCCUUCAACUCGAGACGGCUACCUCUGGACUCCGUCCGGGGAAACGAUCGGUCUAAGUACAAAGGCAAUGAUCGAAUCUACCCUGGAAUCUUCCAUCACAGAAACAUACGACGUAAUUGUAAUCGGAAGCGGCUUCGCCGGUCUCAUUGCCGCGCGCAACCUUAGCCGUGACUCUAGCACUCGAGUUCUUCUCUUGGAAGGCCGAGAUCGCAUAGGAGGAAGGACAUGGACAGCCAAUGCGCUAGGAGAGGACUUUGAGAUGGGCGGGACAUGGGUACACUGGAAAGUCUUCUCAAGUUAUCACCAAGCAAAUGAUGCAGACCGACUGACUAGAGGACGAACAGGCAUCAACCCCAUGCCUGCGCUGGUCGAUACUCUUGCCACCAACAUAGCCGUCCAAAAUGUCGCGGAUGCGUUUUUCUCCAUCGACGGUCUGUCCAGCCGCGAGUUGAUGCCUUAUCCCCACGACCCAUUCCGCCUUCCUGCGCUCUGGACAAAGUACGAUCAUCUCUCCGCCAAAGACCGUCUGGAUCAACUCGACGUCAGCCAACGCGACAAGGACCUCUUCGACGCCAUGAUCAGUUCUUUUGGCGCGGUCCCCGGCAGCGAGUGCGGUUUCACUGAAGUCCUGCGGUGGUAUGCUCUGGGAGGCCACUCUAUGGCCGGAACGUUUGAGCUUGCUGGGAUGUACAAGCUCGGUGGAGGCGGGAUGACUUCGCUGGCCCGAGCGAUUCUGGAUGACUACCGCGGACAUGUGGUGUUAAACGCCGUGGUUGAAAAGGUAGAGCAGCGGGGAUCGACUGUUGUGGUGUCUACGAAGAAUGGACGUCGGUUCGAGGCCAAGUAUUGUAUCUCAACUAUUCCCCUACUGGAAGCCGUUCGGGCAGGUCACAUCAAUAAGGGAAGCAAGGUUCAUUUCCGGCUUGCGAAGCCUGAACCGGGAUGGUUCUCCAUGGCGAAUGGAUAUGGGACCUCACCUUGGUGUUUUGCAUUCUCAGACCACAACGGCACCACUGACCAAGCAGACUCUGGCAACUUUUGCAUCGGGUUUGGCUAUGGCGCGCGUCAUAUCGACACGAAGGCGUCUACUGAGAUGAUCACGACUUUUCGAAAUAACAUCAGACCUGAAGCUGAGGUAACAGCUUACCUCACCCACGAUUGGGCCAACGACGGCCUUGCCAAAGGGACUUGGAGUUGCUGGGGACCUAAUUCAAUGAGCAAGUGGCUUAAGGAGCUCCAAAGACCAGAGGGAAGGGUUCACUUCGCGAGCGCCGAUUGGGCCGAUGGAUGGCGAGGGUUCAUUGACGGGGCAAUUGAGAGAGGGACUACCGUAGGACGGGAAAUUGAGGUGUUGCUUGCGGGAGAUAAUGCCAUUGCUAAGCUGUAG